AGCAUAGUUUUGAGUUCUCUCUCAAUACCAACAUAAGUUCAACACGACUGUGUCCUGUUGUUGGGUGACGCUAAUUAGUGCCAAAAUCUACUUAUGCAGAGGUAUUUUUCAGCAUCCAUGGAGAACAUGAUCAUGGGCUUUAUCUUCCUUCCAAUGUUGUUAUCGCAAAGUUUCAUAACUGCUCUAGCCAUGUCUCAACCAAACUUCACCACAGACCAAUCUGCCCUUCUUGAAUUCAAAACUCACAUUACUUCUGAUCCUCUUAAUAUCUUAUUCUCCAACUGGUCUUCUGCCACCCCAGUCUAUAAUUGGUUUGGAGUUUCCUGCGGUGAUCUUUAUCGUAGAGUCACAUCCUUGGAUCUUUCAAACAUAAACCUCACUGGCAGCCUCCCUUCCCAUCUGGGAAACCUUUCUUUUCUUGUAUCUCUCAACUUGAGUAGAAACAGCUUCAAUGGCCAUUUGCCUCCUGAGUUAGGGAAGUUGCGGUGUUUGAGGUUCAUGGAUUUGAGCUUCAAUUCUCCUGAUGGAACAUCCCAAGUGAGAUUUGGUUGCUUUUAAAGUUGGAGAUUUUUAAAGUAGGAAACAACCAGCUUACGGGAAGUAUAUCAAAAAAACAUUGGCAACUUAACUAAGCUAAGGACAAUAUAUAUUGGAGAUACCAAAAUAAGAGGUACAAUUUCAU